AACUAACUAGCAUGCACUGCUCACCAGCACGAGGUCAAGCAGCGAAGAACGUGUGUGGAAUACACGGAUGGACCUGAUAGAAGUAUAAUAGGAAACGGUGUGUCAGUAAUUUCCACGUGAAUGUUGAAUGUGAUCGAUACGGAAUGUGUCUAAUCAGUAAUAUGAAGGUCAACGUUUACCUAGUGAUGUGUUUUAUAUUGGGAGGUAUGCUGGCUCUCCAACUUUUCUUUCAAAUGCGAUGUACGGACAAAGAAAACUUUGCACCAAGUCCCCAGUAUUCUGAUAUCUGCACCGAGACAAUCGACAUUUCAUCAAUAAAAGUAAACGUAUCAAACGUCCCUCGAAUGAUAUUUGAUGUAGCCAUGCAUCUCAAAAAGGCAAGGAUACACGCAAGAGGAUCUAAAACACAGAGGGCAUUAACAUAUGCAAGUGAGCGUAUGGACACAAUACUGAAAGGAUUUGGAAUCUCCUUUGAAGACGCCACAAAACGGAAAGUUUAUGAACCCAGUAGUAUGUGUCCCGAGUAUUAUGUUGAUAAAAUGAAUGGUUACAAAAUCAGGAAAUGCUCCCAUGCAAAGCCUCUAGAGGAGAUAGUGACAUUUCUUCGUCUUGACCAUGGCUCACCAACAGACAAAGAGUUUAUUAAAGAUACUUAUGGUGAAAACAUCCCAAUGAUAGUUGGUGACUACGGCGGGAAUGUUAAGGAAAAGAGUAAUGUACGUGUAAAGCACAUGACAUCUACGACCACAGAAGGGGAUGCGUUGAAUAUAUUAAUGGAAGAAGUGAAAACCAAAUAUACAUUAGUUUUACGAAAUGUGACUGAACUCGACUCAAAUGCACGAAUCGAACGACUUGUGCGUGAGAUUGAGAGUCUAAAUGUUAACGCAGUAGGCGGGGCUAUUAGAAAUUCUGAUAAUGUUUGGAGUUUAGGUUGCCAUCAGCGUGUCUUCCGGAACUACACGGUGGUAUACGAGGAAGGAUAUGACGAGUCAAUGCACGACUGUGUGUUUUGUGAUCACGUGGACGGACCAUUUCUGAUAAAAACCAAAAUAUUAAAACAAAUCAAAUUUGAUUCUAGUUUGAAACCUAUGGGAUCAUACGAGGAUUUCUUUAUGAGACUUAAUACGGAAGUUGCUCUGUGUGCUGACUCCUUGUUUGAUAUGGAUUUUCCACGCCGUAGUGAAUUGACAAAAGACUGGGAGAAGUUUGGACGCAAGCGGAAUCUUUACAAAUUAAGUUCUCUUUUGGACUGACUAUACAUUUUGGAUGUAAUUACGCGUAUCCAUGCAAAAGACUGAAAGGAUUUAUUAGAUCACCGUGCUGUAUUCAGGAACUGGCAGAUUUAAGUUAUAGUUUAAUGGACAUGUGUGAAAAAAUGAAUGGAUCGUUUCAGUUGAAUGCUGGAACAGUCCUCGGAGCUGUGAAAAUGUACAAUGUGAUCCCAUGGGAAAUAGACGCAGAUAUCAACUUUUGGUGUAAUGAUUUCAUGAAAUUGAAAAAUGCCAGAGGAAGACUGAGUUCCAGAGGAAUACGAGUUAUAGUGGAACAUUUAAGUAAUUGCGCUCCAUCAGCCGUUCCUGCGCAAUUGCGUGCUAGUUCCAAACACUGGCAAAUUGAUAUCUGGUCACGUGAUACGAUGGAAUCAUACGAAGUAAGGUCUAAACACCGAAAUUUGACCAGAAUUCCACAUAAUGGACGUUUAGUGAACGGAAUGAGAAACCCAGCAUUAUUUGCUCGUAACAUGUAUUCAAAUAUCUUCAAGCACAGACAACAUUUUAAAGAAGUAGGGACUAAGAAGAUUUACAUAUUUUCAAAGUGUCCGAAAGGGGACGCGCAUGAUUGCAUAGACAAUUAUCAUACAGAUGGAAAUAUCCAGUUCCGUGACCCGAUACCAUAGAAUCGCGGAAGGCUUCAAUAGGAGUUAAUUAGUUUCAACUGUAUGUUUGUAAUUGAAGCAUAAUCUAGUAUCAAACAAUGUUUAAUUGAAUACAAGUACAUGUAGGUAAUACACGACGAUUUUGAUGUGCCAAUCGGAUGUUUUAAUUACCAAUAUUUUACUUCCGUUGCAAAAAUGCAAAUCACGAAGUUCAAUGCUGUUGUAAUUGUUAUUGAUAUCAAGCGAUAUUCAUAUUAAAGUUUAGUUUGAGAUUCCA